ACGACCCGGUGCUGGCACUCACUGAGGUCGACCUGUGCCUGCGCAAGCGGUUCAACACGACACGGAGGCCGAAGAACAACAGCCGCGAAAUCCUAGAGCAGAUCUCGGAGCGGGUCAGCGACAACUUGCCGAUCCGUACGAAGAUGAUGAUGAAGGACCUCAUCUACUGGAACCCCGAUACGGAGGCCAUGUCCAACAGCAAGGAGAAGCCAGCCAGGAGGGGGCGCACUCGUCGGGACAGCGCGAGCAGUGUGACGUCGAGCCGGACGGACGCGACGGCCGAAGACUCGGCGUCACAGAGACCGGACGACCCGGAACCGGAUCCGGAGUUGGAGCCGGAGCCGGAUCCGGAGCCGACGCCGGCUGACGAGGAGGAGCCCGAGGAUGCCAUGCCCGUGCCGCAGCUCAAAGUCGGCCCCGACGGCAGCAUCGUCGUGGACGAGCAGUCACUGGUGGUCAAGACAAGCCAGCAGCGGCAGCGCGAUCAGGAGCUGUCGUCGGAGCUGGUGCGGGACCUCACGGGCUCGCGCAUCUCCUUCAACGGCUACCGGCAGCGGCGCCAGAUCAACGAGUGGAGCAUCAAAGAGACGGCCCGGUUCUACAAGGCGCUGAGCACAGUCGGCACCGACUUCUCCAUCAUGCAGCAGCUCUUUCCCAAGCGGAGCCGCGUGGACCUCAAGAAGAAGUUCAAGAAGGAGGAGCGUAAGAAUCCCCACUUGGUGGAGCGGGCGCUCACAGAGGACAUGCAGUACGACCUCACCAUCUUCGACAACGACGGACACUGCGCCUCUGCCUGGGCGUGCUCCUGCUGA